AUGAAUUUCCUUCGGAGACGUCUCUCAGACAGUAGUUUCGUGGCAAAUUUGCCCAAUGGCUACAUGAUGGACUUGCAGCGCCCUGACAAUUCCACGAGCUCCCCAGUUUCUCCUGCCAUGGAGAGAAAGCAUCCACAGCCACCACAGCCCUCGCACUCUUCCUCUACUGGGACCAGCAUCUUCAGCUCCAUCUCCAGCGCCAUGAAGCAAACCACACAAGCAGCUGCAGGACUAAUUGACCACUCCACCAGCCCCACACCUCCUGUGGCCCAGAAGCCCAAGAUCCUCCUGGUGAUCGAUGAUGCACACACAGAAUGGACCAAAUAUUUCCAGGGGAAGAAGGUGAAUGGAGAGUUUGAUAUCCGCGUGGAACAGGCUGAGUUCUCCGAGUUGAACCUGGCUGCUUACGUCACGGGCGGCUGCAUGGUGGACAUGCAGGUCAUGAGGAACGGCACUAAGGUGGUAAGGUGA